ACUUCAAUCUCAACACAAAACCAUGAAAACCCAACUUCAUUUGCUUCUUCUUCUUUCAUUCCUUCUGAGCCUAAGCCUUCCCAUAGUUAGCCAAAAACAUGCAUGCGACAAGGCCUCUUCUCAAACCGCCACCUUCCCUUUCUGCGACACUUCGCUGCCUUACGCCACCCGAGCCGCCGACCUUGUCUCUCGUCUCACCCUUCAAGAAAAGGCACAGCAGCUCGUAAACUCCGCCGCCGGCAUUCCCCGGCUAGGCGUGCCACCUUAUGAGUGGUGGUCGGAAGCGCUCCAUGGUGUGUCCAACGUAGGCCCAGGCACAAAGUUCAACAAAACAGUGCCUGGCGCCACGAGCUUUCCGGCUGUGAUACUAUCGGCGGCGAGCUUUAAUGAGAGCUUGUGGCUGGAGAUGGGUCGGGUGGUGUCGACGGAGGCUCGAGGCAUGUACAAUGUGGGGCUAGCUGGGUUGACGUUUUGGAGUCCCAAUGUGAACGUGUUUCGAGAUCCCCGGUGGGGCCGUGGCCAGGAGACUCCCGGCGAGGACCCCUUGGUGGUGAGUAAAUAUGCCGUCAUGUACGUUCGUGGCUUGCAACAAGUUGGUGACGACGACGAGAGAGGUGGGAGGCUUAAGGUUUCGAGCUGUUGUAAGCAUUAUACUGCUUACGACCUUGAUAAUUGGAAAGGCGUUGAUCGCUUUCACUUUGACGCUAAGGUGACAAAGCAAGAUUUGGAGGAUACAUAUCAGCCUCCGUUUAAGAGCUGUGUGGAAGAGGGACACGUCAGCAGUGUGAUGUGCUCUUAUAACAGAGUCAACGGGAUUCCCACCUGCGCUGACCCUGAUCUUCUCGAAGGAGUCGUUAGAGGCCAAUGGGAUCUAGACGGAUAUAUCGUUUCAGACUGUGACUCAGUGCAAGUUUUUUACGAGGCAAUUAAGUACACGCCAACACCAGAAGAUGCAGUCGCUCUUGCACUAAAAGCAGGUUUAAACAUGAACUGUGGAAACUAUCUAGGAAAAUACACAGUAAACGCAGUAAAUUUGAAGAAGGUAGAUAUAUCCACGGUGGAUCAAGCCCUAGUGUACAACUACAUAGUCCUAAUGAGACUAGGCUUCUUUGAUGACCCCGAGUCACUUCCAUUUGCAAACUUAGGUCCAUCUGAUGUAUGCACAGAAAGCAAUCAACAAUUAGCUCUAGAAGCUGCAAAACAAGGCAUAGUUUUAUUGGAAAACAAAGGCUCUCUUCCUUUACCCAAAACCAACUCCAAGAAAUUUGCUUUAAUAGGACCCAAUGCCAAUGCCACCAGAGUCAUGAUCAGCAACUAUGCAGGCAUACCAUGUAGGUACACCAGCCCUCUACAAGGGCUAAAGAAAUAUGUUUCAGACCUAAGUUAUGCGGCUGGUUGUAGAGAUGUGAAAUGUGGUGAUCAGAGUCUAAUAGCCGGAGCUGUGAAAGUGGCAGCUAGUGCUGAUGUGGCUGUAUUGGUUGUGGGGUUGGAUCAAUCUGUUGAAGCAGAAGGGCUUGAUAGAGAGAACCUGACAUUACCUGGGUUUCAGCAGAAGCUUGUGAAAGAUGUGGCUGGUUCUACUAAUGGGAUAGUGAUCUUGGUGAUUAUGGCUGCUGGUCCUAUUGACAUAUCUUUCACUCAAAGUAUCAGUAACAUUGGAGGGAUUCUGUGGGUAGCAUAUCCUGGUCAAGAUGGAGGAGAUGCAAUUGCCCAGGUUAUAUUUGGAGAUUACAACCCAGGUGGGAGGUCCCCAUUUACAUGGUACCCACAAUCAUAUGUGGAUGAGGUGCCUAUGACAGACAUGAACAUGAGAGCCAAUGAGUCGAGAAACUACCCAGGAAGAACCUACAGAUUCUACACUGGGAAAACGCUCUAUCCAUUUGGCCAUGGCUUGAGCUACUCCUCUUUCUUCACUUUCAUAGCCUCCGCUCCUUCAACGCUUUUUGUUCAAAGCAACUCCCCAUCACUUGCCUUCAAUCGUGAACUUGAUGAGUCUCUCUAUGAGGGACAAGCACUGGACGUAUCAACUCUAAAUUGCUUGGACUUGACAUUCUGGCUUGUGGUUGGUGUGAAAAACAAUGGGCCCAAGUAUGACGGGUCCCAUGUGGUGCUUGUCUUCUGGGACUUGCCGCGAUGGAAGGAGCAAAUUGUUGGAGCUCCGGUGACUCAGUUGGUGGCAUUUAAGAGGGCGGAAGUGAAGGUUGGGAAGAUAGAGUUUGUGAACGUGAAGAUAAAUGUGUGCCAAGAUCUGAGUGUGGUGGAUGGUGAAGGGAAGAGGAAGGUGGUCAUUGGAAAGCAUACCGUCUUGGUGGGAUCUUCCAGUGAAGCUCAGGUGAAACACGAGAUUGAUGUUAAAGUCUCAGGAAGUGGAAAUGGAGAAGGAUUCAUGUCUAGCUAAGUGAUCGAGUCCAUCUGGCAGCUAUAAGCUUAAAUUACGGAAUUGGGAUAGUAUAGAUUAUAGAAUAAAGUUUGAGUGUGGAGAGUGAUUGGA